AUGUCCGCUUCAACUACGCCAUGUCCAAUUGACGAAACCGUACCCAUCGUCCUCGAGUGGGAAUGCGACAGCGACGGCGCGACACAUUAUCUGGCCAAGCCAGAUCCCAAGAUUGACGACAUCACACUCAAGACUCGUUUGAACGAACUCGGCAGCGCCCUGUUCGAACUGCGUAUCCCCGUCAAUUUGAAGGGUGUGGAAGGCAUCACGUCUAUCACAAUGUCCAUUCAUCCUUCGUUCAUUGCAUCGUUCGAGCUUGCACCUGCCACAACACCACCAGACGAGGUGAAAGAAAAGUUCAAUAGCGGGAUCAAUCGCCUUGCGUUUCGAAUGAAGAAGCCUUUGCAGGUCUUCGUCCCUGUCCCAGCGAAAGAACCACUGGCGCCAGCGCGAGCGCAGUCAGGCAAAGUCGUCGAUGCUAUCCGUACACUUUCCGCUGCAAAAGCUUUCAUAGUGUAUAUAGACGACAAGAAGCUAUCGAAUGAACAACUCCAAUUCAUCCACGACGCCGUGAAACAAGGUGGCUUGACACCCUUCCGAAAUGAUCUAGCGAGCAUGUACCACGGUACUGGAGCCAAGCUCGUUGACCUUGCCGACAUCACGCAAACCCAAGACGCGCCCCCAUCUUAUCACGAGACCGAGUCGCCGCCGCCGCCUCCCCCCAUCAAUGAGAAGAAACGUCGCCGAGUCGAUAGCGAAAGCCAAGGCAAAGGCAGCGACGCGAUUUCCGAGAUUUGGGCCGAGCUCAAAGCACGAGACGAACGCGACCGAACGGUACAGCAUGAGCUGUCAGAUCUGAAGCAAGAGAAUACAUCCCUGCGAGAAGCGCUCGAACAAAUCCGUCAGCAAGUCGCCACGUUUCAUCAAAACCUGGAUGACUUGAAACAGGAUGUAGAGCACCUUCAAGGUCAAGACAAGCACAAUACAGACACGUUGGAAGGAUACGAUACAAGGCUUGUCGAGUUACGUGAUGACCUUGAGGAUCUCGAUGCCAAGGUUGAUUCGAUCCAGGAGCAUCGUGAUGAGAACGGCGUGGCUCGUGACUUUCUUGAUAAGGUCCGCAGCGAUGUGUACGAUGAUAUUAUCACGCGUCUCACGGGCUGA